AUGGAACUCGAAAUGAAGCCAUUUCUUUUUAGUGGGUGGCUUGGCAUCAGAUUGCAGUUGAUGGGUGGAACUAUCGUUUUAAUCGCAGCCCUCUUGACCGUGGCCCAGCGAGGAACAUCGAGUGCUGCACUUGUUGGACUUACGCUAACCUACGCCUUAAGCGUCACCGACAUUCUGGCGACGAUGGUGAGGCUGAUGACUCAACUCGAAACCCGAAUGGUGUCCGUGGAAAGAAUCAAAGAGUAUUCCUCGUUGUCGUCUGAGGCUCCUUGGGAGACGGGCUGUCAGUUGAGUCUGGAAGGCUGGCCGAGAAAGGGCGCUAUCACGCUACGAGACUACAAAAUGCGCUACAGAAUGAAUACAGAGCUCAUCCUCAAAGGUGUCAGCGUUCACAUACCAGGGCAGGACAAAAGGUGA